CAUGCCGUUGUCUCGUGGCUUUACAGCAGCUGCACUUGAAAGCACAGAGACGACGCGAAUAACAUGAUUUCCUAGAAUAAAUAUACAUCGUAGCCUUGAGGAAGUCUGUGUAUGGACAUCGGGUACUGUACAUGUAACGCCGAACACAAGGCAAAUCUCCCAAAGUUCGCUGGACGAUAUUUCAUUUUCUUAUUCGGCAUAUGGAGUCUCUUCGCUCAAGAUAAAACCAGUCUUUGAAAUGAUACAUGUCUGCAAUGGCGAGGGGUCUGUUUUCACGGGCCUGGAUGUCAAAGACCUUUCAUUUUCAGGCUCGCCUGUCUUAUAUUCAAGUGAAGUAUCUCUUCCUCACAUGGCUUGCGGUGUUUGUGGGCAGUUGGGUUGUGUAUGUGCAAUACUCUACUUACACUGAGCUCUGCAGAGGACGAGAAUGCAAAAACAUAAUCUGUGACAAAUACAGUAAAGGUAUUAUUGAUGGCUCUGCCUGUAGCAGUCUAUGUGAAGAAAGCUCACUGUACUUUAGAAGGUGCCUCUCCACCAAGUCAAACAAUCAGGUAUAUACAGGCAGCUGGGGUGACCAGGAUGGUGUCAUUAAGUGUCAGCUUGGUGACGUCUUGCACUAUGAGCUGGGAGAGGAACUGGAGCCAAAGAAAGAGAUAGCACUCUUUGACAAACCCACUCGUGGAACCUCUGUAGAGAAGUUCAAAAAGAUGGUUGCAAGUCAUUUGAAGACAAAAGUUGGGCAGCAAGCAAACCUCUCCAGUUUGGUGACCCUGAUUCUUUCUGUGGCAGACAGCAACAAAGAUGGCCAUAUCUCUCUCCCAGAGGCCAAGACUGCUUGGGCUUUACUGCAGCUCAACGAGGUUCUACUUGCGGUGGUUCUCCAGGACCGUGAGCAUACUCCUAGACUUUUAGGUUUCUGUGGGGACCUGUAUGUAGUGGAACGGGUGCCCCAUGCGCCACUGUUUGGACUCAGUCUUCCAUGGCCCAUGGAGCUGUGGAUCCCAACAGGUAUGCGGCAAAGCAUGGACCAGUGGUUUACACCUUCAUGGCCCCGCAAGGCCAAAAUAUUUAUUGGUUUGCUGGAACUUAUAGAAGACAUAUUUCACGGUACAUUUGGAAGCUUCUUAAUGUGUGACAUGAGUGCCAGUACUUUUGGUUACACCGAUCGCCAUGACCUUAGAUUGGUGGAUGGGCGGCGUGUGGUAGCUGAAGAGGCCUUCAAACAGGCCAUGAUCCUCCAGCGCUGUGAGAAAGAUGAGGACUGUGUUUACAGUGUAGACUGUAGGACUUCAUGCAACCGUGCUGAACAUCAUUGCAUGGCCGAGGUGGCUCAGCCCAACCUGGCCAGGGCUUGUAGAGCACUGAAGGAUUACCUCCUACGAGGAGUUCCCUUCCAUCUACAGGAAGAGCUAGAGAAGCAGCUGUACUCCUGCAUGGCCCUCAAAGGUUCAGCCGAGCAGAUGGAAAUGGAACACUCGCUCAUUCUCAACAACCUCAAGACAUUGUUGUGGAAACAGAUCUCUCACACUAAUGACUCUUAGAGAGGUAAACAGGAAUUGGUGACAACAUUGAGAUUCUUGAUUGUCGUUUUAGGGCUCAACAAUAAGGAUACAUUUUUUUUGCUGGCUUGAACAGUAGUGCAGAUUUUUACUUGCCUUGCACCAUUUUAAAUGCCCCAGCUACGAAAAAGAAAUAAGGUACAUACAUUUUAUAUUUCAGCAAAAACAUAAUCUCUAUUAGCCAGCUAGAUAACACAACCUGGCGACAUAUUUAAUUCACAACAACAAUGUUCAACGUUCACACAAAAAAAAUGUUUUACAUUUGAAAGGCAUGAAAACAUGGACUUGAUCAACAAACGCAAGAUAUUGACUGUCCGAAAGCUAAAAAAUUGCUGCUUUGGAAACUUUAUACGGAAGUAGGAAGGCAUGUCUGAAUCCUAAAUCUGUGUUCCAUCGUGUCUUCUGAGAUGCCUUCAUCUGGCCAGUUUUUGAAGGCAUUAUAGAUCCAGCCUUCGCUGACUUUGUUAUUCCAAAUUUCUAUGCAUGCGAUUCGCUGGUUGGUUGGUUGAAAAAAUGGCGUCUGAUGAAGUGGAUGAAAGCAUUAUUUUUAAAAAAAAGUAAUUCAUUUAAUAUGGUUAAUUUGUUUUCAAUGAAUGACAUAUAAAGAAAUCAUCUUUGUAGUUUCUAAAUAUUUGCUUGUGUUAGUCUUAAGCUCACUUGAAAUAUUUGUAGGUCAUUAGACAUGACGUUAUGGUGCCUUGGAAUGGUGUCCGAAACAGGUUUCGCCUUUAUAUGCCUGUGAAUUAACUGACUGGGCAGUAAGACAUCAAGGCCUUAGCUUUUGGACACAGCCAUAGUGACAACCAGCACUGCCCCAUUAGGGCAAGUCAGCUGGCCCAAAACUCUCACAUUGGCCCCAGGCCAUCGUUCCAUCCUUCUUGUUGAGCUCUGCUUUUUCAUUUUGCAGGAAUCUGACAGAAUAUAAUGCUGGUAGGAAAACAAAUAUUGCCUCCAUCUUGGUAGGCUCAAGAAGUGGCUGGUGACGAUAUACAGUGCUGCUUCUCGUGACUGAAUUAGAAUUACAACAAAGUAUGCUCAGGCUCAACAUCUGAGUAACAUUCACGUUUCUGUUUUGUGUUUUAUGUCUUCACACACAAAAAGCGAUCAUGCUUAUUUUACACUUCAAAGUGAUCGUGCUUAUUUUACACUUCAAAUGUAAUGGAGCGCAAAGGAAUGCACUCACCACCACUGUUGUUGUGUCAGUCUUGUAUUGUAAUGUUUGUCAUUAAUGAGCACAACAAAAAGAGCCAUUCUGAAAUUGACAUAUGAAUCAAAUGCCUUGAUUUGCAUGUUGCAGUUUUAUUUUGCUUUUGUAAUCCAAAUGUUUACAUGAAUGGGUUCGAGUAGUAGAGCCCUUCUCAAACAUGGAAUGACAUUGUUGGUUCAUUAUUUAUUUUAAAUUAUUGAUCACUUUGGUAUGUUGGGUUCGGUCUGGACUCAUAAGGCAUGUCACUUGAUAUUGUAAAGAUGGUUUUAUUUUAAGCUAAAACAAUAUGAAAUAUGUCUGUUGUAACAGUUGUGCUGUACUAACGGAAGAGAUAAAAGGUGCCUCAUGUUUUGUUAUAUGAUCCAUAUUUCAAUAGGAUAUUUUGGGUUGUACAUAGUCUGCUUCAAUUCAUAACAUAUUGCUGCUGAUUAAGAGAAAAACUG